UGCUGAGUUGUGCCUCUGGCUGGCAGGGUUUAUUGGGUCAGUCACAGGAGCCAGGUUACAGCCAGAGUCAGUCUGAGCUGGAAAGCAGCACAGAAGUAUUUUUACAGGGGUGGAGCUAGGCUAAGGAAAAUCAUGGCUUCAGGACUCUUUGUCUAAACAGAAGUAAUAAUAACAAGCCAUACGAAAGAAGGGGAAAAUGAUACAACCGCUUGGGGAGAGACACAGCCCUGCUGGACCUUGGCAGAGUAGAGACAAAACACCAUCUGGGAGAUGUGAAGUUGCAUUGCCAGAGAUAACACUGGACAUGUAUGUAACAGCGGCCGCAAUGGAGCCAGGUGGUGUUUUGUCUCAGGAGCUGAUCACCCAAACGGGUGCAAUAGAAGGCAUUAUGCGGCUGAAUCCUGAUGGGGAGCAGUGGACUUUGGCUACAAAGACAGAAUCAUCUCCAUGUUACUUACUGACUAUAAGAGUCAUAAGAGCAAGAAAUAUCCACCAGGCAGAUGUCUUAAGCCAGACUGAUUGCUACGUGAGACUGUGGCUGCCAACUGCUUCAACUGAGAAAUUUCAGACUAAAACCAUCCAGAAUUGCAAAGAUCCAGUUUGGAAUGAAACCUUCUACUUCAGAAUCCAGGGUCAGGUCAAGAAUGUGCUGGAGCUGGGGCUGUAUGAUAAGGAUGUAGUCACUCAAGAUGAUCACCUCUUCACGGUGUAUUUCGAUAUAGCCAAACUUUCCCUGGGAGAACAAGUCUUCAUGCACUUCAAGUAUGAUUCACAGAGAAAAGAGGAACUAGAGGUGGGAUUUGCAUUGGAUAACAUUUCAGGCCCUCCUGAAACCAUCAUUACUAAUGGAGUACUAGUGUCUCGCAAAGUCUGCUGCUUGGAAGUUCAGGUGACUGAGAAGAAGAAGAAAAAGGCGAGGAGAUCAAAGAAAGAAUUCUCCUUUAAGGUACAAGGCUCAUACGAGGGCACCCAAGGCAUUAGGCUGGGAUCUGAUCUGGUCUUCGGCUCCCCCUAUCCUGCCAAAUUCCACUAUGCCAAAUACAAGCAGCCAAUGCUGGAUGUUACGCUACCAGGGAAGAAACCACCUCCCUCCUACCACUCUCGUUUGUGUGGUGCAAACUCAGGCUUUCCAAACAUGGAACUUCAUUCCCUUCCAAGCGGAAAAAGCAUAAUCUUGGCAGAGGAUAAAGGAUUUGAUUUACAUGCGAAGACGGAAGACUGCCCAGACUACCUUGAUGUGCGUUUAGGGUUUGACCUCUGCGUACAGGAGAAAGAGUUUCUAUGCAAAAGGCAGAAGUGUGUUGCUGCUGCUCUGAAGAAGGUCCUGCAUCUGGAACAGGAUUUGCUGGACCAUGAGACCCCAGUGGUGGCCAUCAUGACUACAGGAGGAGGGAUGAGAUCUUUGACCGCACUGUAUGGCAGUCUGCGGGGGCUCAAGAAACUCCACGUCCUGGACUGUGCCACAUACCUAACUGGCUUGUCUGGUACCACUUGGACCAUGUCAAACUUGUACAGAGAUGCUGACUGGUCACAAAAGGAUCUCGAUAAGCAAAUAAGCGAGGCUCGAAAACAUAUGACAAAAUGCAAAAUACGUUCCCUUUCCUUGGAGUAUUUGAAGUAUUACAAAAAGCAGCUGUGCCAACGGAAAAGAGAGGGCCGCAAAACAUCUUUUAUAGAUCUCUGGGGGCUUGUCCUGGAAUCUUUGUUGCAUGAUGGGAAGGACAACCAUAAACUCUCUGAUCAGCAACGGGCCAUUGAUCGUGGUCAGAACCCUUUGCCUAUCUAUACUGCAGUCAAUGUCAAGAACAACUAUAGCACUCUGGAUUUCAAAGAAUGGGUAGAGUUCACCCCUUAUGAGGUAGGAUUGCAAAAAUAUGGAGUUUUUGUUCGCUCUGAGGAUUUUGGCAGUGAGUUCUUCAUGGGUCGGUUAAUGAAGAAGCUCCCUGAAUCCAGGAUCUGCUUCUUAGAAGGCAUAUGGAGUAGUUUAUUUUCAUUGAAUGUGUUAUACAUCUGGAAUUUAUCCCAUUCAUCAGAGGAUUUCUGGCACAGAUGGACCCAGGACAAAAUGGACGAUAUAGAGGAAGAACCUCUUCUACCGCUGAAGCCCCAUGAGCUGAAGACUCGCCUGUUCACCCCUGCCGGCCCCCUCAGCAGCAUUAUUCGCGAUGCUCUCACCGACCGCUUCUCUGUUGCCCAGGAGCACAACUUUCUGAAGGGCUUUCAGAUGCAUAACGACUACCUGGAGAACAAGCAUUUCCGCAGAUGGAAAGAUACGGUGUUAGACACAUUUCCCAACCAGCUGACACAAUCAGAAGAAUACUUGUCUCUAGUAGAUACAGGAUUUUUCAUCAAUACAAGCGUCAUGCCACUUCUAAAACCAGAGAGAAAGGUGGACAUUAUCCUGCAUUUAAAUUACAGUGCAGGAUCGCAGAUACUGGCUCUGGACCAGACAUGCAAGUACUGUUCAGAACAGGGCAUCCUAUUUCCCAAGGUGGACUUGAGUGAAGAAGACAGGAAAAACCUGAAGGAAUGUUACCUCUUUGAAGGCACUGAGACUCCAGGAGCACCAAUACUGUUAUUUUUCCCACUAAUUAACGAUACCUUCCAAAAAUAUAAAGCACCAGGUCAUAAGCGCUCUGAGUCAGAGUUGGAGGAUGGCAAAGUUGAUCUCUAUGGCCGCUGUUCCCCUUAUUCAACAUAUUCAGUCACAUAUACUGAGAAGGCAUAUGACCGUCUGGUUCAGCUCGGUGAAUACAACAUCCUGAAUAAUGAGGACCUCAUUAUGCAGGCCUUGCACACAGCAGUGGAAAGGAAAAGACAGAAGAGGAAAUAAUGGCAGAAAAGAGAUGAUGCUUUUGUACUCCUUUGUGACCCCCUGAGAGACUGAGACUCCCUUACAAUUGACCAGAAGGCUUCAAGGGAUUCCUGCUCAAAUGAAGAGGAGACUGAAGAGACACUUUAUUUCCCAAAGAAUUUCAGUGCAACAAUUCAUUGCAAUUGAGCUAUGUGGAAAACAGUUUGUUACAAGGUGCACAAUAUGGAGAAUCAGGAGGAAGAAUGUGCAAAGAUGAUCAUGAGCAUGGUGCUAGUAGCCUUGAGAAAUUAUCUGAAAUGCUUAAGUCUACGGUGUUCAGGGCAGACCACAUUAAAGGCAUAUUUUAUUAA